CCGAACCGACCCUCACUGUGAUGAAGGUGAUGAUGAUGAAGUUGGUGGGAAAGUGAACAGCUGUGUGACCUCUGACCCCAGAGAAACUUUAGUAUGGAGUGUGUGUGGUUGGUGUGUGUGUUUAUGCUGAGUGUGUGUGUCGGAGAUGACAGCGGAUUGGACAGAAGUGGCCACACCCACCAGGAUGGUCAUCGCCUGCAGGUGGUUUCCAAUGGCGACGCAGCUUCAGGUCUGUGCGUUGUGGACCCUCCUCUCUGCGACGAUCAGAACUCCUUCCUGAGCUUCGAGGCGAUCCGCAGCAUCCACAAGCUGAUGGACGACGACGCAGAUGGCACUGUGGACGCCAUGGAGACGGACGAGUUCCUCAGGGAGGACCUGCAGGACCGCAACCCRAAAGCCAAGCACCGCAGCUUCCACCGGGCCGACCCGCACAUCAGCCUGGAGGACAUGUGGAGUGCCUGGAAGGAGUCCGAAGUGUAUAACUGGACGGUGCUGCAGGUGGAGGAGUGGCUGUCCCUCAGCGUGGAGCUCCCUCAGUAUGCCGCCGGCUUCCGCAUGCAGCAGCUGGAUGGGAAGGCGCUGCCCAGGCUGGCGGUGAAGAACGUGACUCUGACCGUGUCAUUGCUGAAGAUUCUGGACCGGAGCCACACCCAGAAGCUGCAGCUCAAGGCCCUGGACGUUGUUCUGUUUGGACCGCCAGCAGGCCGGCAGAACCGGUGGAAGGACCUGGUUCUGGGYCUGUCGGUGCUGAUGGCUCUGGGCGGCUGCUGGUUCGCCUACAUCCAGACCAGGAAGUCCAGAGAUGACCUGGGGAAGCUGAUGAAGGACCUGGAGGGUCUGCAGAGGGCUGAGGAAAGUCUGCUGGACCUGCAAGCAAAGCUGCAGCGGGCGCAGGAGCAGCAGCACUGCGUCCAGGUGGAGAAGGUGAAGGUGGAAGAGGAGCUGCGGAGCGAGAUCGACUCAGCCAAGCAGGAAGCUCAACGGCUGCACGAGCUGAGGGAGGGAUCUGAGAACGAGCGCAGCCGGCAGAAAUAUGCCGAGCAGGAGCUGGAGCAGGUCCGGACGGCGCUGAGGAAGGCGGAGCGGGAGCUGGAGUCGCGGGCACGCUGGGCGCCGCCUGAGGCGCUGCAGAAGUGGCUGCAGCUGACGCACGAAGUGGAAGAUCAGCAUUACAACAACAAGAAGCAGAACGCAGAGAGGCAGCUGCUGCAGGCCAGGGAGGGGGCAGAGAAGAUCAAGAAGAAGAGGAGUUCUCUGUUUGGAACGUUCCACGUGGCUCACAGCUCCUCACUGGACGACGUCGACCAGAAGAUCCUCUCAGCCAAACAGGCCYUGGGUGAGGUAACGGCGGCUCUGCGGGAGAAGCUCCACCGCUGGCAGCAGAUUGAGUCUCUGACCGGGUUCUGUGUAGUCAACAAUCCGGGUCUGGGAGCCCUGGCCGCCGCCCUGAACCUUGACCCAUCCUUCCUGGGCCUGCGACCUUCGACCCCCCAGAACCUGCUCUUGUCGGAUGACCUGGACGACAUGGACGAGGACAUCCUGUCUCCGGGGGUUUCCACUCUGAGACCCAACAGAACCUCCAGCUGGSUUCAGACGGCCAUGAUCACAGUAAAAGAGAGCCGAGAGCUKAAGAGGGAGCAACUUCCUCUUUAUCAGUCCAAGCUGAGCGUCACAGAAGAUAGGAUCUGUGAAGGUUUUCUGAUUGUUGGUACUAGACAGGCCCAGGUGGUUCAGAACUCAAAACCGUCUCAGGUCAACAGAGGACGGACCUGCAGGGUCGACUGGGUGGUGAAGAGCGAACGGGCGCUAACAGGAAACCAACGUGUGCAACAGAAUGAGGCUCCACCCCGCCGCUCCGUGGCCGAACUGGCAGGAAGGUUCAAAGGUCAGGCUCCCAACCCGAGCGGCACCGCGGGGAACCAGGAUAAACCUGUGAGGCGGCGGCCGCCUCGGACCCUGCAGCUGCCGAACCCGAACCCAGAGCAGAACCAGCCCCCAUCAGGCGUCUCGUCUCCACCCAAAGCCAAGAGGAACUCGGCUCUGAUCGAGAAGCUCCAGGCCAACCUGGCGCUGGGCUCGCCCACCGCCGCGCCGCUGAAGAGCCCCGGACUGAGGACGCUUCCUGCUGGCUUCACCCCACCCUCCCCGGGCUCCGCUCCCCCGGUUCCCAUGGUAACCCCCACCAGCCCCGCCCCCACAGAAAGCCCCACCUCCUUUGAGGCUCCGCCCUCAGCCGCAGAGGGAAACAUCCUGCCUAGCAUCAACAAGGGCAGACCACGGGGCUCCAUGAGGCGGCGUCCUCCGUCCCGCCGUCACAAGACGUCCAGCAGCGGGGAUGAUGCAGGACUGGGACAGGAAGGGGCGGAGACACACCUGCAGUCCCGGACUGCGGGGAGUCAGGGGGACGCCACGGAGGAGGGACAGGGGGGACCUGGAGGGGAGGAUGAAGAGGGAGAGGUGUUCAAAAAGGAAACCGCAUCAUCGCCAGAGAUGAAGGAAACCCAUGAAGAAGAAGAGACGAAGAGAAACAAGUUCUUCCCGAUGAGGAAUMGGACGUUUGGCCGWGUCGGAGCGAGGUCCCUGUGA